CAGGUGGCCUUGCUAUUUAAAACAACUAUCAUACAUUAGAAACACCAUUUGUAAUUUAGAACACAACAGACUAAAAAUUCAAGAAUGCAGUUAACCGAAUGUUUGAUUUUAUUGAUUGUUUUUUGCGGUGUUCUGAAGCCGAUAGAAAUAGCAGCCAGAUCCGUACAAAUCAAGCAGCAGAACGAGUCGGAUGAGGUUGCUAACUCCCCGGUAAUACAUAUAAAGCGUACAGCUCGAGAAAUUCCCGAAAUGCCAAUGGAUCUGCAUGGGAAGCACAUGCCUUGUGAUAUGGAUUCUAGAGGCAGGAUGAGCUAUGUGUUCGCUUUUCCCAACCAUUGCAUUUGGGCUUACAACAAUCGGUACGUCAGCGAAGGACACUUCCGCAUCUACAAGACCUAUCAGUUGGAAGGAUUCUUCUUUGGCCAGUACUACGAGCGUCUAAAGCGUUACGAGUUCGAGCCACAUACCUACGAUUAUAACAUGUAACUUGAACAUGGGUCAAAAUUUUAAAUUGGAUAACGAUUAUUAAAGCAUUGAAUGUUUGAAGCAACUGUAA